AUGGGAGCCGGGAUAUCUUAUUACCCCAUAGCAGCCCAGCCCCCAGCCCUAUCUCAGCUAGCUCACAGUGAUCUCUGUGGCUCACAGAUCCUUAAUGAUGGGUUAUACUUCCACUGCUCCUUUCAUCCCAGAACAGAGCACAGCUUCACAUCAUGCCAGGCAGCCAGCCGGCAGGCAGGCGGUGUGACUCACCUACAAACGACUACAACACUGAUCAUAUGAUAUGAUGGAGUGGGGACUCUUGUGGUUCUGCACUUAGAAGCAUUUCCUUAUUUAAGUUGGAAUUGUACUGUACAGUACAUCUUGCAAUAUACUAUAUGUUCACAUUAGUGUGUACAUCACACAUAGUAGCCUACAGGAUAUGCAGUCCCACUUUGAAUUAAGUACAACUUAUAAAGGCUUUAUAUAGUAUACAUAAAGGCUUCAUAAGCACUACAUAAAUGCUUCACAAAUCAUCUAUAAGCAAAUGGGAUACUUUACAAAUGGUGUAUAAAGGGUGACAUCAAAUCAAAUCAAACUUUAUUUACAUAAACCAUUGUUACAACAGAUGCAUUUCAAGGUGCUUAACAAAUCAAAUAAUAGUCAUAAGGACAUAACAAUUCUAACUGUAGGGUAAAUUGCAAAAUGUGACAUAGCAUAGCACUAUGUAUGUUUAUAGACCAUUUAUAGAGUAUGACAUAUGCUUAUAGAUUAUUUGUGAAGCAUAUAUGUGGUGAUUUUAUAAAUUGUACUUUGUUUAAAGUGGGACCGGAUAGGUUAUAGUGUAUUUGUACAUUAGUGCAUACUGUAUAUGGUUGGACCCCCCUUUGCCUCCAGAACAGCCUGAAUUCUUCGGGGCAUGGAAACGUUGCUCAAUUGGUAUCAAUUGAGCAACCAUUACACCACCACCACCAGCCUGUACCUUUGACGCCAGACAGGAUGGGGCCAUUGACUAGUGUCAUCAGCAUGACGCAACAGGAACCGGGAUUCGUCGGACCAGGCAGUGUUUUUCCACUCCUCAAUUGCCCAGUGUUGGUGAUUGCGUGCCCACUGGAGCCACUUCUUUUUAUUUUUAGCUGAUAGGAGUGGAACAUGGUGUUGUUGUCUGCUGCAAUAGCCCAUCCGUGACAAGGAUUGACGAGUCGUGCGUUCAGAGAUGCCUUUCUGCACACCACUGUUGUACUGCUCCAUUAUUUGCCUGUUUAUGGCCUGCCCAUUAGCUUGCAUGAUUCUCAUUCGACCUCUCAUCAAUUAGUUGUUUUUGCCCACAGGACUGCCGCUGACUGGAUGUUUUUUGUUUGUUGCACCAUUCUCAGUAAACCCUAGACACUGUUGUGCGUGAAAAGCCCAGGAGGCCGGCCAUUUCUGAGAUACUGGAACCGGCGCGCCUGGCACCGGCGAUCAUACCACGCUCAAAGUCGCUUAGGUCACUCGUUUUGCCCAUUCUAACGUUCAAACGAACAGUAACUGAAUGCCUCAAUGCUUUGUCUGCCUGCUUUAUAUAGCUCUCUUUCUCCACUCUCUCUCUCCCUCUACCCCCCUCUCGCACUCUGAUUGACAGGAGAACCACUGUAGGCGUAUAAAGAUCCUGGGAGACUGUUACUACUGUGUGUCAGGUCUGACCCAGCCCAAGACUGACCACGCCCACUGCUGUGUGGAGAUGGGCCUGGACAUGAUCGACACCAUCACGUGAGUCUAUAGGUUUAUGGUAAACACUUACUCAGUCAUUGCUAGCUCCUUGGAGCAUAGCGCUACGGCAUUUGUCUCUCCACGACGUCCUGUUCUGGGCCAGGUCCUGGGCUGAUGUGGUGUUAUGUCCCAGGUUGUAUAAGUCGUCCAUGGUAAACACAUCACCUGUAUAUGUUUAUGGUUGACUGAUAAAGCACGUCAGUCAUUGUGAUGUUAGGGUCAGUGUUGACAUCUGUUAAUGACAGUAUUAUGUAGGUACAGACACAUUGAGUUGUGAUGGACACCAUAUCACAUAGCUCUUUAUGGCUCUAUGGAAUGAGCCUGCUGCAUGGCUUUCAGCCAUUAUAUUGAUUAAUUUGGUUUGACCAGGGAUAAAAGCCAGACUGAAGACUGGGGAUAUUUUGAUAUUCUCUAUUCUUCUCAUCUAAACCACUGUGGUUCAAGUUAGUCCUGGCUGAAGGAUUCCUUAGGUGGAUUGUCAUUGGCUGCUAUGAAUACAUGCCAAGACUGCAGAUAGAGUUGAGAGUGGAAUCUCAUUUGAAGGCGAGGGAAUUGAAAUGCAUUUGGAUGCUUCUUUAUGAAGCGUGAAAGUGUUUGUCUCAUUUGCAUGUCCUGCACAAUUUGGAGAAAGAAGAAAGAGCUCAACACUUCAAUAAGGUGUAUCCCAUUCCGUGUUAAAUGCAUGGCCAUUGGCUUGGUCUUAUAUGACUCUAUGUGCACAGGGCCACACAGGAUGUCAGUAUUCAUAAAUAGACAAUAUAGGACUAUACACAGACACAUAGGGCUACAAUACACAAUGAAAACACUUGCCUUUUUAUGUUAACGGUAGAUUAAUAUGCAUAUUCAUUCCUAUUCCUAUUGGUGACCAGUGUAGCAUUUUGCCCUGUUUAUUGAGAGUCUAGAGAUUGCUCUUAAAUCUCAUCCUGCUCCUUCCAUAUGGGUGGAAUUUUCCUCUGUCUGCACUCUUACGUAAAAAAAAAAAAAGAGUUUAGAAUCCGGAGGAGCAACCAUUUUGUCCUUCUGGCUUAUCUCCCCAGAACAUGUGCACUUUUUCCUCCAGAGAGAGGGAGGGAGGGAGGGAGGGAGGUUAGAACUCAGCUGCCUGGUCUGUCUUUAUUAUUAGGUGAAGAGGAGCAGCACCAUUUAUAUCAUGGAAGAAUAACAUUUGUGGAAUUUGUGACAUUGGCUGCUAAGGCAAGACAUGAUUUGUAUACAGUAACGCUAUAGUACACACACACACACACACACAUCUACUCGUACACACUCUCACACACACACAUGCAUGCAGGCACACUUAGGGACUUGGCACUUGGCUCGCAGGCAGGUACACAAGCACGUACGUACGUACGCACGCACGCACUCAAUCACACACACAUACACACACAAUCACACACACAUACACACACAAUCACACACACCUACACACAGUAUCAAUGUUAUAAUAUUGUAAUGACUCUCCUCAUGCACCUGCAGGUCAGUAGCGGAGGCCACGGAGGUGAAUCUGAACAUGCGUGUGGGUCUCCACACGGGCCGGGUUCUGUGUGGGGUCCUGGGACUUAGGAAGUGGCAGUAUGACGUAUGGUCCAACGACGUCACACUGGCCAAUGUGAUGGAGGCAGGGGGACUGCCUGGGUUAGUACCAGUUACCACCAUGCCAUGCCAAAAUCUACUGUCCCAACUUCACACACAACAACAAACACACAAUGCAGGCUGUGAGCAGAACCUCUGGAGCGAUUAGGGGUUAAGUGCCUUGCUCUAGGGCACAACAGCAUUAGGUAGCACCACAUGAGGCUGACUCUGUAUGUGUUUCUCCUUCUCCACCAGGAAGGUCCAUAUCACCAAGGCGACCCUGGACUCCCUGAAUGGAGACUAUGAGGUUGAGCCAGGCAACGGUCAUGAGAGAAAUGCCUUCCUCCUCAAACACCAGAUCGAGACCUUCUUCAUUGUGCCAACUCACCGACGGAAGGUGUGUUUGUGUUUGUGUGUGUUUGUGUCUGGGUGGGUGAGUGUGUGUGUGUGUGUGUGUGUGUGUGUGUGUGUGUGUACAGUAUGUGAGAUCUGCUUGGGAGAGGAUGAUCAAGAGUUUGUGCAUGUGUGUAUGUGUGUGUAGGAUUAGAGGUGUUUGUAUGUGUGUGUGAGGAUGAGUGUGUAUGUGUGUUUAUAAAAAUAGACACACAUUUUAGGACAUACAGUGGGGAAAAAAAGUAUUUAGUCAGCCACCAAUUGUGCAAGUUCUCCCACUUAAAAAGAUGAGAGAGGCCUGUAAUUUUCAUCAUAGGUACACGUCAACUAUGACAGACUAAUUGAGAAUUUUUUUCUCCAGAAAAUCACAUUGUAGGAUGUUUAAUGAAUUUAUUUGCAAAUUAUGGUGGAAAAUAAGUAUUUGGUCACCUACAAACAAGCAAGAUUUCUGGCUCUCACAGACCUGUAACUUCUUCUUUAAGAGGCUCCUCUGUCCUCCACUCGUUACCUGUAAUAAUGGCACCUGUUUGAACUUGUUAUCAGUAUAAAAGACACCUGUCCACAACCUCAAACACUCACACUCCAAACUCCACUAUGGCCAAGACCAAAGAGCUGUCAAAGGACACCAGAAACAAAAUUGUAGACCUGCACCAGGCUGGGAAGACUGAAUCUGCAAUAGGUAAGCAGCUUGGUUUGAAGAAAUCAACUGUGGGAGCAAUUAUUAGGAAAUGGAAGACAUACAAGACCACUGAUAAUCUCCCUCGAUCUGGGGCUCCACGCAAGAUCUCACCCCGUGGGGUCAAAAUGAUCACAAGAACGGUGAGAAAAAAUCCCAGAACCACACGGGGGGACCUAGUGAAUGACCUGCAGAGAGCUGGGACCAAAGUAACAAAGCCUACCAUCAGUAACACACUACGCCGCCAGGGAAUCAAAUCCUGCAGUGCCAGACGUGUCCCCCUGCUUAAGCCAGUACAUGUCCAGGCCCGUCUGAAGUUUGCUAGAGUGCAUUUGGAUGAUCCAGAAGAGGAUUGGGAGAAUGUCAUAUGGUCAGAUGAAACCAAAAUAGAACUUUUUGGUAAAAACUCAACUCGUCGUGUUUGGAGGACAAAGAAUGCUGAGUUGCAUCCAAAGAACACCAUACCUACUGUGAAGCAUGGGGGUGGAAACAUCAUGCUUUGGGGCUGUUUUUCUGCAAAGGGACCAGGACGACUAAUCCGUGUAAAGGAAAGAAUGAAUGGGGCCAUGUAUCGUGAGAUUUUGAGUGAAAACCUCCUUCCAUCAGCAAGGGCAUUGAAGAUGAAACGUGGCUGGGUCUUUCAGCAUGACAAUGAUCCCAAACACACCGCCCGGGCAACGAAGGAGUGGCUUCGUAAGAAGCAUUUUAAGGUCCUGGAGUGGCCUAGCCAGUCUCUAGAUCUCAACCCCAUAGAAAAUCUUUGGAGGGAGGAGAAAGUCCGUGUUGCCCAGCGACAGACCCAAAACAUCACUGCUCUAGAGGAGAUCUGCAUGGAGGAAUGGGCCAAAAUACCAGCAACAGUGUGUGAAAACCUUGUGAAGACUUACAGAAAACGUUUGACCUGUGUCAUUGCCAACAAAGGGUAUAUAACAAAGUAUUGAGAAACUUUUGUUAUUGACCAAAUACUUAUCCCACCAACCCACUUAAAAAGAUGAGAGAGGCCUGUAAUUUUCAUCAUAGGUACACGUCAACUAUGCAAAUAAAUUCAUUAAAAAUCCUACAAUGUGAUUUUCUGGAUUUUUUUUCCUCAUUUUGUCUGUCAUAGUUGACGUGUACCUAUGAUGAAAAUUACAGGCCUCUUUCAUCUUUUUAAGUGGGAGAACUUGCACAAUUGGUGGCUGACUAAAUACUUUUUUUCCCCACUGUAGAUCUCAUUUGUUCUUAUAGGAGUUCACAUAGGUUCAGUGAUGACAUCUGCUUAACAUGAAGUAAGCCUACUAGCUAGCAGUAAUCUAGACGUUAGGAUUCCUGGUUUUUACCCAGGCGGCCCAGGUUCAACUCCCGGUAUCGGAACUCGCAUUUUUGGCAGCACGUAGCCUAGUGGUUAGAGCAUUGGGUCAGUAACCGAAAGGUCGUUAGUUGGAAUCCCCGAGCCGACAAGGUGAAACAUCUGUCGAUGUACCCUUGAGCAAGGCACUAAACCCUAAUUGCUCCAGGGUCGCCAUUGAUAAUGGCUGACCCUAGCCGUGACCACACUCUCUGAGGUUGUCUCAGGGGGAGCUGGGAUAUGCAAAAAAUACAUUUCUAAUUCACAUGUGUAUAAAUUGUACAUGUGUGAAAUAGGACAAAUAUAAGCACCCACCAAAUUAAUAAUACAUUAUUAUACUAGACAUACUUAGUUGUACUAGGAAAUACAGUAUGGGACAUAACCUUGAGCAUACUUGAACAUAUACAGUACUCGAUAUAACAGUGGAUGUACUUGGAAAUACAUACAUGAACUGAACAUAACCUUGGCAUACUGUAGUGUGACUGCCAGAAGCUAGGACAGAUAAAACAUUUUAAUAGGACUACCUGGUAAAAUGGAGUCCAGAUUGAAAAAAGACUUAACCUCUCAUUAGAGUGCGUUUUCAUCUUAAGGUGAGAUUGAAUAGGUCUGGAAAGACAGUACUUUAGUGCUGUAGUACUGUAGGUCUACAUGUUCAAUAUGCUGUGUGUAUACUAGAAAGUGUUAGGUACGUGAGUUGUCACUCACUCACGUUGGAAGGGUUGUUCAGAUCAGAUGGGUUCCCCUACAGUCUUGCUGAUGUUCGGCCUCAUGUUUGACACUGUCUUGUCAACAGCCUGUGGCAGCAACACACGCAUGCACACACACACACACACACACACACACACACACACACACUACCCAACGCUCCAUACCCUCACAAUCUGUCAUUACUCCAAAUGUGUAUAUAUAUAUAUAUACACACAGUGAGGGGAAAAAAGUAUUUGAUCCCUUGCAGAUUUUGUACGUUUGCCCACUGACAAAGACAUGAUCACUCUAUAAUUUUAAUGGUAGGUUUAUUUGAACAGUGAGAGUCAGAAUAACAACAAAAAAAUCCAGAAAAACGCAUUUCAAAAAUGUUACAAAUUCAUUUGCAUUUUAAUGAGGUAGUUGGCCAGCAGGUUUGCACACAUCUCAGGAGGGAUUUUGUUCCACUCCUCUUUGCAGAUCUUCUCCAAGUCAUUAAGGUUUCGAGGCUGACGUUUGGCAACUCGAACCUUCAGCUCCCUCCACAGAUAUUCUAUGGGAUUAAGGUCUGGAGACUGGCUAGGCCACUCCAGGACCUUAAUGUGCUUCUUCUUGAGCCACUCCUUUGUUGCCUUGGCCGUGUGUUUUGGGUCAUUGUCAUGCUGGAAUACCCAUCCACGACACAUUUUCAAUGCCCUGGCUGAGGGAAGGAGGUUCUCACCCAAGAUUUGAUGGUACAUGGCCUCGUCCAUCGUCCCUUUGAUGCGGUGAAGUUGUCCUGUCCCCUUAGCAGAAAAACACCCCCAAAGCAUAAUGUUUCCACCUCCAUGUUUGACGGUGGGUAUGGUGUUCUUGGGGUCAUAGGGAGCAUUCCUCCUCCUCCAAACACGGCGAGUUGAGUUGAUGCCAAAGAGCUCGAUUUUGGUCUCAUCUGACCACAACACUUUCACCCAGUUCUCCUCUGAAUCAUUCAGAUGUUCAUUGGCAAACUUCAGACUGCCCUGUAUAUGUGCUUUCUUGAGCAGGGGGACCUUGCGGGCGCUGCAGGAUUUCAGUCCUUCACGGCGUAGUGUGUUACCAAUUGUUUUCUUGGUGACUAUGGUCCCAGCUGCCUUGUGAUCAUUGACAAGAUCCUCCCGUGUAGUUCUGGGCUGAUUCCUCACCGUUCUCAUGAUCAUUGCAACUCCACGAGGUGAGAUCUUGCAUGGAGCCCCAGGCCGAGGGAGAUUGACAGUUAUUUUGUGUUUCUUCCAUUUGCGAAUAAUCGCACCAACUGUUGUCACCUCCUCACCAAGCUGCUUGGCGACGAUCUUGUAGCCCAUUCCAGCUUUGUGUAGGUCUACAAUCUUGUCCCUGACAUCCUUGGAGAGCUCUUUGGUCUUGGCCAUGGUGGAGAGUUUGGAAUCUGAUUGAUUGAUUGCUUCUGUGGACAGGUGUCUUUUAUACAGGUAACAAACUGAGAUUAGGAGCACUGCCUUUAAGAGUGUGCUCCUAAUCUCAGCUUGUUAGCUGUAUAAAAGACACCUGGGAGCUAGAAAUCUUUCUGAUUGAGAGGGGGUCAAAUACUUAUUUCCCUCAUUAAAAUGCAAAUCAAUUUAUAACAUUUUUGACAUGCGUUUUUCUGGAUUUUGUUGUUGUUAUUCUGUCUCUCACUGUUCAAAUAAACCUACCAUUUAAUAUUAUAGACUGAUCAUGUCUUUGUCAGUGGGCAAACGUACAAAAUCAGCAGGGGAUCAAAUACUUUUUUACCUCACUAUAUAUCUAUCUGCCUGCCUGUCCGCCUGCCUGCCCGCCUGCCUGCCCGCCUGCCCGCCUGCCCGUCUGCCCGCCUGCCCGUCUGUCUGUCUGUCUGUCUGUCUGUCUGUCUGUCUGUCUGUCUGUCUGUCUGUCUGUCUGUACUAUAUAUACAAAAGUAUGUGGUCACCCCUUCAAAUUAGUGGACUUGGCUAUUUCAGCCACACCCGUUGCUGACAGGUGUAUAACAUCGAGCACACAGCCAUGCAAUCUCCAUAGACAAACAUUGGCUGAAGAGUUCAGUGACUUUCAACGUGGCACCGUCAUAGGAUGCCACCUUUCCAACAAGUCAGUUCGUCAAGUUUCUGCCCUGCUAGAGCUGCCCCGGCCAACUGUAAGUGAUGUUAUUGUGAAGUGGAAACGUCUAGGAGCAACAACGGCUCAGCCGCGAAGUGGUAGGCUACACAAGCUCACAGAACGGGACCGCCGAGUGCUGAAGCACGUAAAGAUCGUCUGUCCUCGGUUGCAACACUCACUACCGAGUUCCAAACUUUAGAAGCAACGUCAGCACAAGACUGUUCGUCGGGAUCUAUCUAUCUCCUCUCCUGCUAUCUCCUUCUCCUACCCUACCCUAUCCUCGCCUUGCAGACUUUAUUAGGUCUGGAGAGAGGGGCUGACUUCCUGAUGCCUGACGCCUGUGCAUUUAUCAUGUGCUGCUUGGCUAUUCUACUGGCACACUGUAAAGAAAUGAACAAUGCACAGUCUGGUGAGGUGCUGAGACUGCUGACUAAUGGAAGAUAAAUGAAACAGUCAAGGCUCUUCAGCCGGAACGUUGGUUAAUAAAUCCACAAGCAAGGAGAGAUGAGUGUACGACUUUCUUUAGCAAUUGUACACUUUUAUCACAUUAUGUAAGAGUAUAUGUAUGUGGAUCCUUAUAUGAACCUUCACAGUAGUGUCACAGUGUCUCAGAAGGCCGUUCAACCACCCUGUCUUCUUCUACUCUCCUCCUCUGUCAGAUGUGGGACACUUGACUAAGGUUGUGGCCCAAAUGGCUCUCUAUGAAGUGCACCAAUUUUGAACAAUUGCACUAAAUAGGAAAUAGGGUGCCAUUUAAGACACACACUUGGUUAAUCCUCUUAAUAGACGAGCCGACAGCUCUACUUCAUCUAAGAGAAGAGAGAGAGAAGAGACGCCACAGGGAGAGUUGUUUGCAUGUGUUUGUGUUUGUGUUUGUGUACUGUAAUCUGGGGUGAAACCAUAUCUACUGAAGUGUAUCUACUGUAUCAUAGUGUGUAUUUUAACCCCUGCUCUCACUGCUUGUUUGUUGACAGAUAUUCCCAGGAUUGAUUCUGUCGGAUAUAAAGCCUGCCAAAAAGAUGAAGUUUAAGACGGUGUGCUACUUGCUGGUGCAGCUCAUGCACUGUAGGAAGAUGUUCAAGGCCGAGAUACCCUUCUCAAAUGCCAUGAACUGUGAGGAUGGUGACAAGGUAAGGGCUUUGUGUGUGUGUUAUGUAAGGGAGUGUAGAGACAGAGAAGUUGUAUGUGUAUACAUGAAAUGUGUUCAUGUGUGUGUACAUGCAUGUGCGUGUGUAUUGUGUGUGUGUGUGUGUGUGUGUGUGUGUGUUGUGUAAGGGAAUGUAGAGAGGGAGAGGCGUUGUAUGCGCGUGUGUGUGUGUGUAUGUGUGUGCAAGCGUGCGGGUGUGUGUGCGUGCAAGUGUGUGUGUCCUCAAUGAGGAGUACCAGCCACCCAGACUUAGUUGACCUUCAUCAGCUUACUUUCAAAUCCUCUGGUAAUCUGGCUAAGUGUCAGUGUGUUUACUUGACCUGCUAUUCUUGUGAAGAAAUCCUGAGGUCUGGCUACAGUUCAACUCUGGCUCAGGGUAUUUAAAUGCAGAUGCUCAGGUCUGUGUGGGUGUGUGUGGAAAAAGGAGGUGUAGUUCAGCGGAUAAGAACCAAAAUAAUCUCGCACUUUCAGAUAAAAGCAUGAAACUUGGUACACUCACCUACCUCUACACUUAUGUAAUAUGUCAUAGAGCUGUGACUAUGUAAAGUUAAUACGAUCAUCUCUAACUGAGUUUGAAACUGUUUCCGUUUGCUUCGUGAUAACCCUGGAUGAAAGCAUGUAGACAUAGACAAGAUAAUACACAGGAGUGGAAAAGGACAGUGUAAAUAUACUCGACACAGAAUGAGAGAUUAAGAUUCAGGCCACACACACACUCUCUCCAGGCUGUCGGAAAUGACACAGACUCAGGGAGAGAAGUAGAGAGAGAGAGAUAGAGGGUGACGGGAGAGGAGGAAGGAGAGAAAGGAUGAGUGUGCUCAGUGCAGGCGUGGGUGUGUGAUGUGAUGAGUGUCCUAUGCUCCCCAGACCAUCUCCAAACGAUUGGGUCAUAUGCAGAAGUUCACAUCCUGUGGUGAAUAUAUUAGAGUGGGAGAUAGAGAAACAAAGAGAGAGAGAGAGACAAAGAGAGAGAGAUAAAGAGAUAAAAAGAGAGAGAGAGACAAAUGGAGAGUGUGGGAGAGAGAGGGAGAAACUGAAGAGAGAGACUAGAGAGAGCGAGAGAAAGACAGGAGAGGAAAGGGGUGAGAGACAGGCUUUUAACACAGACAUAUAAACACUCAUUAGCAUAAACAAUGAACACACACCUCCAAAACAACCAACAGAACGUGAGGGGUGUUAAAGGAUGAAGGAUGAUGAGGAUGAAUUCAGUGGGGUGUGUGUUAACCUUCCUCAACAUUCCUCAUUCGCUCUGUCUCCCCCCUGUCCUCAUUAUGAAGCUACUCUCUUCAGCCACUCCUCGCCUACCAACUGGCUCUCACACUGUUAUACUGAUGGGCUUUAGUCUGUACAGCUCACUGACUUUCUACCUUUAUCCAGGAAGACUCACUCAGGCUUCAUCCCAAAUGGCACCCUAUUCCCUAUAUAGUGCACUACGAAGGGAAUAGGGUGCCAUUUGGGACGUAUCCUCAUUCUCUUUGGCGUUAAAUCACUGCUUCUGCUCUACUGCCCCACAUAGCGUAGUGUACAAUAAUGAUGCUCACUUCCGAUGGACACUUAAGGAAAGGGUGUUUAGUUGGGUCAGAGAAUUAAUGUUACCUGUAGAGUGAAUACUGAAUGUUACCUGUAGAGUGAAUACUGAAUGUUACCUGUAGAAUGAAUACUGAAUGUUACCUGUAGAGUGAAUAAUGAAUGUUAACUGUAGAUGGAAUAAUGGAUUUUUUGUUUGUUGUGUGAAGUUAAGCAUUUAUUAUGUUGAUGUCACUUAUUGACUAAUGUGAAGUCAAGUCAACCACAAUGAUUGACUUUGUUUCAUUGCCCUUAUUCACGUUUUAGUUUUGAGUACUACUAGAACAAACCUCUUCUUACUCCAUGGUCAAUAUUGUUGUUGAAUGGUUUGUGAUAUACAGUUGAAGUCGGAAGUUUACAUACACCUUAGCCAAAUACAUUUAAACUCAGUUUUUCACAAUUCCUGACAUUUAAUCCUAGUAAAAAUUCCCUGUCUUAGGUCAGUUAGGAUCACCACUUUAUUUUAAGAAUGUGAAAUAUCAGAAUAAUAGUAGCGAGAAUGAUUUAUUUCAGCUUUUAUUUAUUUCAUCACAUUCCCAGUAGGUCAGAAGUUUACAUACACUCAAUUCGUAUUUGGUAGCAUUGCCUUUAAAUUGUUUAACUUGGGUCAAACGUUUCAGGUAGCCUUCCACAAGCUUCCCACAAUAAAUUGGGUGAAUUUUGGCCCAUUCCUCCUGACAGAGCUGGUGUAACUAAGUCAGGUUGGUAGACCUCCUUGCUCCCACACGCUUUUUCAGCUCUGCCCACACAUUUUCUAUAGGAUUGAGGACAGGGCUUUGUGAUGGCCACUCCAAUACCUUGACUUUGUUGUCCUUAAGCCAUUUUGCCACAACUUUGGAAGUAUGCUUGGGGUCAUUGUCCAUUUGGAAGACCCAUUUGCGACCAAGCUUUAACUUCGUGACUGAUGUCUUGAGAUGUUGCUUCAAUAUAUCCACAUAAUUUUCCUUCCUCAUGAUGCCAUCUAUUUUGUGAAGUGCACCAGUCCCUCCUGCAGCAAAGCACCCCCACAGCAUGAUGCUGCCACCCCCGUGAUUCACGGUUGGGAUGGUGUUCUUUGGCUUGCAAGCUCCCCCUUUUUCCUCCAAACAUAACAAUGGUCAUUAUGGCCAAACAGUUCUUGUUUCAUCAGACCAGAGGACAUUUCUCCAAAAAGUACAAUCUUUGUCCCAAUGUGCAGUUGCAAACUGUAGUCUGGCUUUUUUAUGGUGGUUUUGGAGCAGUGGCUUCUUCCUUGCUGAGUGGUCUUUCAGGUUAUGUCGAUAUAGGACUUGUUUUACUGUGGAUAUAGAUAAUUUUGUACCUGUUUCCUCCAGCAUCUUCACAAGGUCCUUUGCUGUUGUUCUGGGAUUGAUUUGCACUUUUCGCACCAAAGUACGUUCAUCUCUAGGAGACAGAAUGCGUCUCCUUCUUGAGCGGUAUGACGGCUGCGUGGUCCCAUGGUGUUUAUACUUGCAUACUAUUGUUUGCACAGAUGAACGUUGUACCUUCAGAGGUUUGGAAAUGGCUCCCAAGGAUGAACCAGACUUGUGGAGCUCUACGAUUUUUUUUCUAAGGUCUUGGCUGAUUUCUUUUGAUUUUCCCAUGAUGUCAAGAAAAGCGGCACUGUGUUUGAAGGUAGGCCUUGAAAUACAUCCACAGGUACACCUCCAAUUUUCUUUUACAUUUUAGCAGACGCUCUUAUCCAGAGCGACUUACAGUUAGUGAGUGCAUACAUUUUCAUACUCAAAUGAUGUCAAUUAGCCUAUCAGAAGCUUCUAAAGCCAUAACAUAAUUUUCUGGAAUUUUACAAAGCUGUUUAAAGGCACAGUCAACUUAGUGUAUGUAAACUUCUGACCAACUGGAAUUGUGAUACAGUGAAUUAUAAGUGAAAUAAUCUGUCUGUAAACAAUUGUUGGUAAAAUGACUUGUGUCAUGCACAAAGUAGAUGUCCUAACCGACUUGCCAAAACUAUAGUUUGUUAACAAGAAAUUUGUGGAGUGGUUGAAAAACAAGUUUUAAUGACUCCAACCUAAGUGUAUGUAAACUUCCGACUUCAACUGUACGUGCUAAAUAGGGUUGUCACAAUACCAGUAUCGUGAUGCUCAGAAGUAUCAUGGCAAGGAAACAAAACAUGAGGUAGAUUUAAUUUAUUGAGGAAAAAAGCCCUAAUGUUUGAAACAAACAUUAUUAUGUUGUCAUCCAGAGUCACAUUUGUUUAUUUUCCAAGCUAUUGCACACAUGAUUUUACAUAAAGUAGGUUUUCAAAGGACCAAAGACUUUCUCCUGCUUUGUGUUUUCUUUUUUGGCAUGGAAAAUCGAAUAUUGCGAUAUUGCGAUAUUGCAAUACUGGUAUCGUCACAAACAUACCUAAAUGCAGUUAAGUAUAAACUGUCUCUACCCCACAGUGAUCCUCAACAAUAGACAGUAAAAGCCCAGUAGUAUUUUUCCUCCAUGCCCCAUUGUUUUGAACAGCUGGUAUCAAACCCUCUGAACGUAGUUAAGUCAGGACUCCGUUUCCCACAAUGCUGUGCCACAGCGGAGGGCCCUACGGACGGCUCCAGAUAAGCUGCGGAACCGGACAUCGGUGUCAGCUAACGUGACCCAGGCCAGCCCGGGAACGCGGGUCAACCGCUACAUUGGUCGUCUGAUCGAGGCGAGGCAGACAGAGUCGGACACAGCUGACCUCAACUUCCUUACACUGAUGUACAAGUGCUCUGAGCGCGAGCAGAGGGUGAGUGACUGUACUACACUUACAACAUAUACAGUGAGGGAAAAAAGUAUUUGAUCCCCUGCUGAUUUUGUACGUUUGCCCACUGACAAAGACAUGAUCAGUCUAUAAUUUUAAUGGUAGGUUUAUUUGAACAGUAAGAGACAGAAUAACAACAACAAAAUCCAGAAAAACGCAUGUCAAAAAUGUUAGAAAUUGAUUUGCAUUUUAAUGAGGGAAAUAAGUAUUUUACCCCCUCUCAAUCAGAAAUAUUUCUGGCUCCCAGGUGUCUUUUUAUACAGGUAACGAGCUGAGAUUAGGAGCACACUCUUAAAGGGAGUGCUCCUAAUCUCAGUUUGUUACCUGCAUAAAAGACACCUGUCCACAGAAGCAAUCAAUCAAUCAGAUUCCAAACUCUCCACCAUGGCCAAGAACAAAGAGCUCUCCAAGGAUGUCAGGGACAAGAUUGUAGACCUACACAAGGCUGGAAUGGGCUACAAGACCAUCAGCAAGCAGCUUGGUGAGAAGGUGACAACAGUUGGUGCGAUUAUUCGCAAAUGGAAGAAACACAAAAUAACUGUCAAUCUCCCUCGGCCUGGGGCUCCAUGCAAGAUCUCACCUCGUGGAGUUGCAAUGAUCAUGAGAACGGUGAGGAAUCAGCCCAGAACUACACGGGAGGAUCUUGUCAAUGAUCUCAAGGCAGCUGGGACCAUAGUCACCAAGAAAACAAUUGGUAACACACUACACCGUGAAGGACUGAAAUCCUGCAGCGCCCACAAGGUCCCCCUGCUCAAGAAAGCACAUAUACAUGCCCGUCUGAAGUUUGCCAAUGAACAUCUGAAUGAUUCAGAGGAGAACUGGGUGAAAGUGUUGUGGUCAGAUGAGACCAAAAUCCAGCUCUUUGGCGUCAACUCAACUCGCCGUGUUUGGAGGAGGAGGAAUGCUGCCUAUGACCCCAAGAACACCAUCCCCACCGUCAAACAUGGAGGUGAAAACAUUAUGCUUUGGGGGUGUUUUUCUGCUAAGGGGACAGGACAACUUCACCGCAUCAAAGGGACGAUGGACGGGGCCAUGUACCGUCAAAUCUUGGGUGAGAACCUCCUUCCCUGAGCCAGGGCAUUGAAAAUGGGUAGUGGGUGGGUAUUCCAGAAUGACAAUGACCCAAAACACACGGCCAAGGCAACAAAGGAGUGGCUCAAGAAGAAGCACAUUAAGGUCCUGGAGUGGCCUAGCCAGUCUCCAGACCUUAAUCCCAUAGAAAAUCUGUGGAGGGAGCUGAAGGUUCGAGUUGCCAAACAUCAGCCUCGAAACCUUAAUGACUUGGAGAAGAUCUGCAAAGAGGAGUGGGACAAAAUCCCUCCUGAGAUGUGUGUAAACCUGGUGGCCAACUACAAGAAACGUCUGACCUCUGUGAUUGCCAACAAGGGUUUUGCCACCAAGUACUAAGUCAUGUUUUGCAGAGGGGAGGUUUUUUGUUGUUAUUCUGUCUCUCACUGUUGAAAUAAACCUACCAUUACAAUUAUAGACUGAUCAUGUCUUUGUCAGUGGGCAAACGUACAAAAUCAGCAGGGGAUCAAAUACUUUUUUCCCUUGAUGACGGCUUUGCACACUCUUGGCAUUCUCUCAACCAGCUUCAUGACGUAGUCACCUGGAAUGCAUUUCAAUUAACAGGUGUGCCUUGUUAAAGGUUGAUGCGUUUUAGCCAAUCAGAAAUUGCAGCACAAAUAAAUGCUUCACAGAGUUCAAGUAACAGACACAUCUCAACAUCAACUGUUCAGAGGAGACUGCGUGAUUCAGGCUUUCAUGGUCGAAUUGCUGCAAAGAAACCACUACUAAAGGACACCAAUAAAAUGAAGAGACUUGCUUGGGCCAAGAAACACGACAUUAGACCGGUGGAAAUCUGUCCUUUGGUCUGAUGAGUCCAAAUUUGAGAUUGUUGAUUCCAAUGGCCGUGUCUUUGUGAGACGCGGAGUAGGUGAACGGAUGAUCUCCGCAUGUGUGUUUCCCACUGUGAAGCAUGGAGGAGGAGGUGUGAUGGUGUGGGCGUGCUUUGCUGGUGGCACUGUCAGUGAUUUAUUUAGAAUUCAAGGCACACUUAACCAGCAUGGCUACCACAGCAUUCUGCAGCGACAUGCCAUCCCAUCUGGUUUGUGGGACUAUCAUAUGUUUUUCAACAGGACAGUGACCCAACACACCUUCAGGCUGUGUAAGGGCUAUUUGACCAAGAAGGAGAGUGAUUGAGUGCUGCAUCAGAUGACCUGGUCUCCACAAUCACCCGACUUCAACCCAAUUGAGAUUGUUUGGGAUGAGUUGGACUGCAGAGUGACGGAAAAGCAGCCAACAAGUGCUCAGCAUAUGUGGGAACUCCUUCAAGACUGUUGGAAAAGCAUUCCUCAUGAAGCUGGUUGAGAGAAUGCCAAGAGUGUGCAAAGCUGUCAUCAAGGCAAAGGGUGGCUACUUUGAAGAAUCUCAAAUAUAAAAUAUAUUGAUUUAUUUAACACUCUUUUGGUUACUACAUGAUUCCAUAUGUGUUAUUUCAUAGUUUUAAUGUCUUCACUAUUAUUCUACAAUGUAGAAAAUAGUAAAAAUAAAGAAAAACCCUUGAAUGAGUAGGUGUGCCCAAACUUUUGACUGGUAGUGUAUAUAUGUAUACACACACACACACACACACACACACACACACACACACACACACACACACACACACAUGCACAAUUACUUUUGAAUCAGACUCUUUCAUAGACAUUGCAUCCUUGUCUGCUUUAUUAAUUGUUUUGCAUAUAUCUGAAAAAUCCAUCUCUCUGGUUUCUCUGACAGUACCACCAGCUCCAUGAUGAGUACUUCACCAGUGCUGUAGUCCUCUCUCUAAUCCUAGCUGCCUUGUUCGGCCUUGUCUACUUUCUCAUCAUCCCACAGUAUGUAUUAGAUUAUUAGUGGAUAUCAUCCUACCACAGUAUGUAUUAGAUGAUUAGUGGAUAUCAUCCUACCACAGUAUGUAUUAGAUUAUUAGUGGAUAUCAUCCUACCACAGUAUGUAUUAGAUGAUUAGUGGAUAUCAUCCUACCACAGUAUGUAUUAGAUGAUUAGUGGAUAUCAUCCUACCACAGUAUGUAUUAGAUGAUUAGAGGAUAUCAUUCUACCACAGUAUGUAUUAGAUUAUUAGAGGACAUCAUCCUACCACAGUAUGUAUUAGAUUAUUACAGGAUAUCAUCCUAACACAGUAUGUAUUAGAUUAUUAGAGGAUAUCAUCCUACCACAUUAUGUAUUAGAUUAUUAGAGGAUAUCUGACAGCAACACAUUCUGUAGCUCGCUCACUCUCCCUCUAUCUCUCUCUUUCAUUUUACUAUAUGAUGUCUGACAGCAACACUCUCUCUCUGUAGCUCUCUCUGUAGCUCUCGUUCCCUCUUUCUCUCUUUCAUUUUACUGUAUGAUUUAUUUAUUUUUGUGACCAAAUGUUUAUUUAUUUUGUCCUUUUUUUUAUGUGUGGGGGGGGUGGGGGGGUUACAGGUACAAUAUACAAAUUAAUAUAACUCGUAUUCACCUCUGGGCUGCCACUCAAAAAUAAAAAACUUUUUUAAAAAGGUACAUAAAUACAAAUUAUUGAUCAUUAUGAUCAUAUUACAGAGUUAACAAAUAGGAAAAUAAACAAAAAUAAGUGAGCCUCCACCCCCAUCUCACUCUUCUCUUUUGAUCUGCUGCCUUUUGAGUUGACUUACAACAGGCUCUGUCCACUAAUAAUAAUAAUAUAUACAGUGGGGGAAAAAAGUAUUUAGUCAGCCACCAAAUGUGCAAGUUCUCCCACUUAAAAAGAUGAGAGGCCUGCAAUUUUCAUCAUAGGUACAUGUCAACUAUGACAGACAAAAUGAGAAACAAAAUUCCAGAAAAUCACAUUGUAGGAUUUUUAAUGAAUUUAUUUGCUAAUUAUGGUGGAAAAUAAGUAUUUGUCAAUAACAAAAGUUUCUCAAUACUUUGUUAUAUACCCUUUGUUGGCAAUGACACAGGUCAAACGUUUUCUGUAAGUCUUCACAAGGUUUUCACACACUGUUGCUGGUAUUUUGGCCCAUUCCUCCAUGCAGAUCUCCUCUAGAGCAGUGAUGUUUUGGGGCUGUCGCUGGGCGACACGGACUUUCAACUCCCUCCAAAGAUUUUCUAUGGGGUUGAGAUCUGGAGACUGGCUAGGCCACUCCAGGACCUUGAAAUGCUUCUUACGAAGCCACUCCUUCGUUGCCCGGGCGGUGUGUUUGGGAUCAUUGUCAUGCUGAAAGACCCAGCCACGUUUCAUCUUCAAUGCCCUUGCUGAUGGAAGGAGGUUUUCACUCAAAAUCUCACGAUACAUGGCCCCAUUCAUUCUUUCCUUUACACGGAUCAGUCGUCCUGGUCCCUUUGCAGAAAAACAGCCCCAAAGCAUGAUGUUUCCACCCCCAUGCUUCACAGUAGGUAUGGUGUUCUUUGGAUGCAACUCAGCAUUCUUUGUCCUCCAAACACGACGAGUUGAGUUUUUACCAAAAGGUUAUAAUUUGGUUUCAUCUGACCAUAUGACAUUCUCCCAAUCCUCUUCUGGAUCAUCCAAAUGCACUCUAGCAAACUUCAGACGGGACUGGACAUGUACUGGCUUAAGCAGGGGGACACGUCUUGCACUGCAGGAUUUGAGUCCCUGGCGGCAUAGUGUGUUACUGAUGGUAGGCUUUGUUACUUUGGUCCCAGCUCUCUGCAGGUCAUUCACUAGGUCCCCCCGUGUGGUUCUGGGAUUUUUGCUCACUGUUCUUGUGAUCAUUUUGACCCCACGGGGUGAGAUCUUGCGUGGAGCCCCAGAUCGAGGGAGAUUAUCAGUGGUCUUGUAUGUCUUCCAUUUCCUAAUAAUUGCUCCCACAGUUGAUUUCUUCAAACCAAGCUGCUUACCUAUUGCAGAUUCAGUCUUCCCAGCCUGGUGCAGGUCUACAAUUUUGUUUCUGGUGUCCUUUGACAGCUCUUUGGUCUUGGCCAUAGUGGAGUUUGGAGUGUUUGUGUUUGAGGUUGUGGACAGGUGUCUUUUAUACUGAUAACAAGUUCAAACAGGUGCCAUUAAUACAGGUAACGAGUGGAGGACAGAGGAGCCUCUUAAAGAAGUUGUUACAGGUCUGUGAGAGCCAGAAAUCUUGCUUGUUUGUAGGUGACCAAAUACUUAUUUUCCACCAUAAUUUGCAAAUAAAUUCAUUAAAAAUCCUACAAUGUGAUUUUCUGGAUUUUUUUUCCUCAAUUUGUCUGUCAUAGUUGACGUGUACCUAUGAUGAAAAUUACAGGCCUCUCUCAUAUUUUUAAGUGGGAGAACUUGCACAAUUGGUGGCUGAUUAAAUACUUUUUUUCCCCACUGUAAUAUGCCAUUUAGCAGACGCUUUUAUCCAAAGCGACUUACAGUCAUGUGUGCAUACAUUUUUACGUAUGGGUGGUCCCAGGGAUCGAACCCACUACCCUGGCGUUACAAGCGCCAUGUUCUACCAAUUGAGCUACAGAGGACCACUAACUCUCCCUCUUAUUUGUCUCCUCUCUCUCUCCCCUCUUUCUUCCACUUUCUUCCUCCUCUCUCCUGCUGCUGUCACCAGGGGAACAGUGGUUCUGGUCCUAUUGGUCUUCUGCAUCUGUUUCCUAAUAGUUUGUAUCAUGUACCUGCAUGUCACUAAAUUACAGGUAAAUGUCUGCUUGAUGCCUUGGUCACCAUCUGAUUUAACAUGUUAUUUUACUUCUUCACUCACUCACUUUUCUGACUGGCUCAUUAGCUGUAAGUAGUUUUCCUUGGGUAGGUCAAGUGGUCACGAGAAACUCUUGGCCCAAGCUAUAAGUAAUUUGUGAUAAGUUAGCACUGGUAAGUUUAAUUGAGCAAAUAUAAAAAAAAAAGUCUGACAUCGGCAAAUAUUCUAUUAUAUUUUCAUAAGUAGUCUAUGAUGGGAAUCUGCUGUAUGUAAGUUGAUGUCAAUGGCCUUCAGAACAUUUUGUAAAUCACACUGUUUGCCUUCAAACUCAAUGCUAAGUCUAUUAAUUUCAGCUUUUGUUGAGGUUGACAGUUUGACUUUUUCCAACUUCCCCAAACCCCUCAGGUAAUAUUAUAUAAAUUAAGUGUCUUUUCAAAUUCAAAUUCUUACAACUCUCCCUCCCCUUUCCUCCUUAAUCUCUUUCUCUCUCUCUCUCUCUCUCUCUCUCUCUCUCUCUCUCUCUCUCUCUCUCUCUCUCUCUCUCUCUCAGUGUUUUCCAGGGUGCCUCACCAUUCAGAUCCGUACUGUUCUGUGUGUUCUCAUAGUGCUCUUAAUCUAUGCUGUAGCCCAGGCCUGUGUGGUAAGUAGGGUUAACAUCAUGGCACGAAACCACCAACACUCAUAUUCAUUGCAAUACACUUGAACUCAUUAAUGUAAAUGUCAUGUCAAUCAAAUAUGCAAGGACCCAACCUUUGAAUUACUGCUUGAGAGGCAUUAGCAUUUGCCAUACUCACUCCUCUCCUCUCCUUUCAUCUCCUCUCCUAUCUUUUUCUCCCAGGUGGGCUGCAUGCCGUGGCUGUGGGGCAGUGACCACCACUCCAACAGCUCAAUCAUCAACAUCGACGCAGGCCCGCUACGCAGUUUCAACCAUACCAUGAUGGAGCUGCCGUGCGACGGUGCCCGCUACGCCUUCCUGUCGUGCGUUGUGGGCACGCUGACACUGGCACUGUUCCUGCGCGUCUCCUGGAUGCCAAAGAUGGCGCUGUUGCUCCUCCUGGGGGUGCUGUAUGUCACUGUGCUGGAGCUCAGCGGAUUUAGACGCACCGCAAGGUAAGAGAGAAGACUAAUCAGACACACAUACUGUUGGGUGAGAGAGGACACACACACGUACUAGGGAUGUGUAUCUUUCCCUUUCAAGACGAUUCGAUACGUAUCUAGAUACAUGGGCUCCAAUACGAUACAGGAACGAUACGUUUUAGUUUGAAAUGAUUCAGUGCGAUUCGGUUUGAUUAGAGAACGAUUCGAUGCGAUUCGGUUCGAUGCAAUACGAUUCGAUGCACUAACAUUUGUUGCAUAAACACAUUCAUUCUCCAUUCUACCUAUAAAAAUUAUCAUAUAUACUGAUUGUUUAAAGCAAAACUACCAAAACGAUUGCUGAUGGUGAACCUGAACCAUCAAAAUAAAAUUGAUUGUAAGCCCCGUUCAGCAGGUAGGAUAUAGACAGAUGUGAGUUGUGUCUCCAUUAGCUUACUUUUAAAAAAAACACAAUAAAACAAAAAUUUUAACAGCGCAUAGAUAACAAUAACCUAUCAAAUUACAUAGGUUGUCACUUAACUAAUAAAUCCUAAUAUCAUGCAAGCCAUUUUAGCAUUUGAAUGCUGAAGGUGCCGCGCAGAUUUGCAAGAUCAGGAACAGGCCGCCUACCUCCUCGCUUGGUCAGCGUACGAAGCUGGCACAGUGCACAGUUUGACUAGGCUACUGAUAUUCCCUGGGGUUGUUCUCGGCAUUCAAAAUGACAUGUAGAUCAAUGACUGUCAACAUAGUUACAUGCAGUUCGACACUGAAGGAAAGGACGCAUCAGUUGUCACAAAAUAUGAGCUUUUUUCGGAAGGUCGAAAGAAACUAAUAUGAGCCACAAAAAAAUAAUAAUCGAUGAUUCAUAACGUUUGAAUACAUUUUCUGACCGAUGCAUACCACAUUUGGAUCGGUUUGGGGUCCAUACAAAACAUAACAUUUGUAUUUGUAUUUAUUAGGGAUCCCCAUUAGCUGCUGCCAAGGCAGCAGCUACUCUUCCUGGGGUCCAAACAUAUUAAAGCACUUACAUUACAUAUAAAACAAAAUAUAAAACAGUACAUCAUAUGACAUUAUUACACCACUACCUAUCUACAAUACGAAAUGUUUAAUACCACCAUACAACAAUAUCACAAUGUGUGCGCAUGCAUGUGUCUAUACCCUUCUGUGUGUCAUAUCAUACUAAAUGGAGUGUCUCGGAUUUACCUACAGAAUAAUACGAAAUGCUCUGAGACCAGGUUGCAGCGCAGAAGCAGUCGUAUCUUAAACAUUUGAACUGUGGAGCAAUGCGUAUUGGUGAAUCGUGACAUCCCUAACCAAUACACACACUGGCGCACAUAAACUGCCGGGCGAGAGAGAGGACCGACACACACCAUAUGUAUAGAAACAAGUACACAGUAAGCAGGAUGAAAUCGAAAAAAUUAACAAACACACCCAUCUUCCUCCCACUGUCAGGCCUAAAGAUACAGCCUUCAGAUUAUACAUGGCAGUAGUGUCAGCCACAGUUUCCUCUUGGUUCGAUCUGGAGUGGGAACAAACAAACAACAGUCACAGGGACAUUUACAUUUUGUGGGGACGUGUGGAGAAGAGGAGUCUUUUCUUAUCCUCGGCCUACACACUCUCAUUGGAGCUCUUUGAUGAGGACACACACAGUACAUGCUCAUGAACUCUAAAUCAAAAGGCUGAGCCAACAAUGUGUGCUUCAAAUCAAAUCAAAUUGUAUUUGCCACAUGUGCUGAAUACAACAGGUGUAGACCUUACAGUGAAAUGCUUACUUACAAGCCGUUAACCAACAAUGCAGUUUUAAGAAAAAUAAGUGUUAAGUAAAGAAAUAGAUAAGUAAAAAUAGAUAAGUGCUUGUGCUUGAUUCAGGCAAGCAUGUUAGGUACUCCUGCUCAGAACCUAGGCCCUAGUGCAGCUCAGAGCACAGACCCACUGUAUAGCAACAAACAGAUGGCUUACUGUAUAACGCUGGAAUACUUUGAUAUCAUUGAGAUAGAAAACGACUCAUUGUUCUCUAGAGGGGCAUUAUUUUCCCUAAAUACUAUAUCCGUGCUGAAUGAAUGCUGUUAACUCACUACUGGUUUAAGUCCCCCUGUCCGUGUUUUCCUGGGGUUGUUGCUGACAUCACCAUCAAAGUUGGUUCUCAAAAAGUGGGGGGUCUCUCCACAUCACGCCUGUGAAGUUGUACUCCCCACUGUAUUUAUCUGGUCACCCACUCCUCCUUUUAUUAAUGAUGUGGUACCGUCCUACUGUAUUAUGUUGCUGACGUCUCUGUUGGUCUGUUCCCACAGUGGGUGGGUCUCUCUACAUCUCCCUACUUCCCCUAUUAAUUUAUGAUGUGGUACAGUCCUACUGUGUACCUACUUAUAUUGCUGACUUCUCUGUUGGUUUCUCCCACAGUGGGGGAUCCAUAGUGUUAUAUCUCUGUGGGGAUGGAGGGGGGUCUCUCCAUAUACUUCAACUCCCCUUUUAAUUAAUGAUGUGGUACAGUCCUUUUGUAUAUGUUGCUGAUGUCUCUAUUGGUUUGUCCCACAGUGGAGGGUCUAAUCUCCAGAUCCGGGGCUAUGAGCCCAUCCUGUCCCUGCUACUGUUCAUCAGUGCCCUGGCCCUCCACUCCAGACAACUGGACCUCAAACUACGACUGGACUUCCUUUGGGCCACACAGGUGUGUUUGUGUGUGUGUGUCUCUGUGUGUUUCAGGGCCUUGUGCAUCUCUCUUGUCCUAUGCAUAGAUCUAGCUAGCUUAUGAAACCAUGCUAAGUUUACUCUAUCAUCCAGCCUUCUGUUGUGACCAUACCAUGCCAAGUCAACUAUUGGGUUUUAAGGAAAUUGGCAUAUUUGGAUGCUUUUGGCUGCCAUGUGCCAGGCUAUUGGCAUGGUUGGUUACGAUAAGACAAGGCUGAUAUUGGCAUGGUUGGUUACAAUGGGACAAUACUAAUAUUGGCAUGGUUGGUUAGGAUAGGACAAGGCUGAUAUUGGUAUUGUUGGUUAUGAUAGGACAACGCUAAUAUUGGUAUGGUUGGUUAGGAUAGGACAAAGCUGAUAUUGGUAUUGUUGGUUACGAUAGAACAACGCUAAUAUUGGUAUGGUUGGUCAGGAGAGAGCCACUCAGCUGGUAGGACAGUUAUAGCCUCUAGUAGGGUUUGGCUUUAGAUUUGGACCAUAGAUAUCCUAUUACAUUACUAUAUAGUAUUCUAAUUCUUAAUUAUAUGGUUUGGACCUUUAGCUAUUGAUAGCUAUUGAUUCUACCUAGUGCUCCUUAUCCACAACGUCAGGCUAACACAGCGCCUCAGUCCUGGUGUACAUUUAGAGCUUUUACUGACACCUUGUGGGAAGAGCAUUGAACUGCAGGCUUGAGUUGUACUGUGGGGUGAAUAUAAUGUUCCAGUUUUAUUCAAAUUGGUGUAUGGUAUUUGUGGGUGCGUGUGUGUGUAUGUGUUGUCAGGCAGAGGAGGAGAGGGAUGGCAUGGAGAAGGUCAAGCUGGACAACAGGCGGAUUCUUUUCAACCUGCUUCCUGCUCACGUGGCACAACACUUCCUCCUGUCCAACCCCAGAAACAUGGUGAGUCCUAUGGAUGGACGGACGGACGGGCGGAUAGACGGAUAGAUGGCAUUGAUGUUUCAUAAAGGAUAUAACCCCUCAAAGUCUAAUAGGAUUAACGAUACCUUGUCAUAUGUAUAGUUUAAGGAUGACUAUCUGUUCUUCUAUAGGAUCUGUAUUACCAGUCCUAUGCCCAAGUCGGAGUGCUGUUUGCUUCCAUCCCCAACUUCAAUGACUUCUACAUUGAGCUGGAUGGGAACAACAUGGGAGUAGAGUGUCUGAGACUACUCAAUGAAAUCAUUGCUGAUUUUGACGAGGUGACGCCCUUUCGGCUGCUACAGUUAACUGGGGGAUUAACAUUAGAAUGUGUUCUAUUCUUCUGUGUAUAGGUGUGAAUCUUGUUUCUUUUUCCACAGCUCAUGGAUAAAGAUUGCUAUAAGGACAUUGAGAAAAUCAAAACCAUUGGCAGCACGUAUAUGGCAGCAGUGGGUCUAGUCCCGACCAUCGGAACAAAGGUGUGUGUGUGUGUGUGUGUGUGUGUGUGUGUGUGUGUGUGUGUUUGUUAAAUAAAAAAAAGAUGAAAAUAACAAGGACAAUGAAUGAAUGUGAUUAUGACAUAUAAUAUAUGUUUUACUUCCUUUCUCCUUUCUACAGGACAAAAGAUCUGUCUAUGAUCACCUGAGCACAGUGGCAGACUAUGCUAUUGAGAUGUUUGAUGUGCUGGAUGAAAUCAACUACCAGUCAUACAACGACUUUGUCUUGAGAGUGGGUAUCAACGUGGGUCCGGUGGUGGCAGGGGUGAUCGGGGCUAGGAGGCCUCAGUAUGAUAUCUGGGGUAACACAGUGAACGUGGCCAGCCGCAUGGACAGCACCGGAGUCCCUGGCAAGAUACAGGUACCGUAUUCAAUUAUGAGUUAUGUUUGAGUCUUGAGGAUUGGCCCUGAGUAGAUUGGUGUUGGUGAGUAAAUCUCAUUGUAUGACAGUGGUUUAACCUCUCUCUCUCUCUCUCUCUCUCUCUCUCGCACUCCCUCCCUUCCUCCCCCAGGUAACAGAGGAUGUGUACCGUAUCCUGGGGGAUAACUAUGACCUGGUGUGCCGGGGGAAGGUCAGCGUGAAGGGUAAGGGUGAGAUGCUCACCUACUUCCUGGAGGGCAAGGUCCACAGUGCGGGCUGCGCCACCACCUCCUCCGUGGUGCGCUCUGCCAGCCUGAACCGCCGCGCCCACUCCUGCGGCAAGGCCAGCGUUCCCACCAAACUGGGCAGUGUCAACUCUGUCGCCAGCUUCACAGUUCGCGCCAGCAUGGUUAGCCUCGGUGGCAUGGGUAACAGCAGCUCUAGCCCCAGUGUAAGUGUCAGCAUCCACCCCAUGCCAUGCUUGCCCUCACCCUGCGUGCCCACUCUGGGAGAGGAGGAUGAAGAAGAGGAGACAGAUGUCGAUGUGGGAGGAGUGGUGGUGGAACGGGUGAAAGAAGUGGCGGUGUAGGGAGGUGGAGAGAAGUGCUGCACUGUUGUAAACGAGUUCCGGACCUCCCGGUCCUGGGCUAUCACAUCCGUCAGGAGUCAUUGGGGGUCCCACUAUAGACUGUACCAGGGUCUCCUGUGGGUAAAUGGGACACUGGGAUACUGGGACAGCCCACUGCACAAUGGAGGGAUGCUCCUCCAGGAGUUACCUGGCUCUGAGGAUGGUCAGACUGGACAACUGGACAAUCACACCAAGGAUGGCUGCACAAUAAAAUCACGAUUGCAAUCAACCUGCAGACUUGAUUGAGUUUGUUGUUACAUAAAUAGUGACUUGCCACUGUUUGCAACCAAACACAAUCAACUGAAGAAUUCAGGCUUCCAGCAUUGGAACAUCAGGCUCUUCGUGACAUUACCAGGAGUAUGAGUGAGUGUGGCAGCCAGGUGAUAGUGUGUUGUCCGUCUGUGUGUGUACACUCCCAACAGGGGGACAUGCACAAAGUACAGCCCAGUAUUAUCCACAUAAGAAGACUGAACUUUUUUAUGUCUUCUUCUCUAAUUAUGCCAAGGAUACAUUCCAUCCUUCAAGGUGUAAUAACAUUUCUAUGUAGGCUACUUUUAUUCUGUUUACUGUACGUACGCUAUGCAUGCAAAUGUGUAUUCAUACACAAGUAUUUAUAUGUGUGUAUGCAUGUGGGUGUUCGACCUUAAAUCUUAAACGAAAUAGCACAAAUACAAUUUUUAUACAUUCAAAGAGUUCUCAACAUCUCAAAAGGCUUUUGACACAACGUCUUUAGUAGUGCAUGACCUGUUAGUGCUGGUCUGGUUCCCCCUCGAGUGUAAACCAAAGCAAGAUCCUGUGGUUUAGUACUUCAUCCUUCACAACAGGCGCACUACUGGCGUCUAGGUGUCUGGCUUUCUAAAGCAAGUCAUGGUCAGGGAGGUUAAACACUCAAUAGGCAAGAUAUAUGGUUUACUUCAUAUUACAUAUUUUAAGUCUCAUGGAUCCAAACAAAUAAACAUGGCUGUUUAGUAAGACUGUUUAGAACCAGAAUUGUCUGGUUUUAGAUAAGGGUAAUUCACUUAGUGUUAUUUCUAAUGUAGGGAACCAGGUGCAACACACACAGUCAGACGUAGCUUUGUUUGCAUCCAUGACCUUGUUGAGCUAGUGUAUUGAUCAAGGCUUGUUAUUCGUCCAUUGCUCUGCUCUGAUAGGGAUUAUGUGUGGGAGUGUGUGUACUGUGUCGGCUAUACACGCAGCAGGCUGUGGCCAAGGCUUUGAAGUGACAGUGAGGUCGGUAAAAGAGGCAUUGGGUAAGGUACGUUGGCUUUGACCCACAGAGCGAUGCCCUCAUCCCUGAGUCCCUGAUGUGCGCUAUAGAACUUUAGUUAAUGCCAAACCUGGAGCAGUCACUGUAGUAUUAACGGUAGUAAUAUAUACAUUCUGUAUAUCUUACACACAACCACCAACACUUACGUAUGCAUGCUCGCACCUACACACACACACACACACAGAC